AUGGCGGAGGCCGCGAACGUGGGAACUGGCUCGGAUAUCUCCAAGUCCUUCAACUGGCUCAGCCGAAAUCGUCGAGGGAUCGCAUAUAUCAGCUACUCUCAGUUUUCUCAUCUCUCGGCCACCUCCUUCGAGUUUGGAUCUCGCGGAUACGCCGCAAGGUGCAAUUACGGUGGCGAGCUAUUGAAUCUAUCGUCGCUCUCUCCUCAACAUGGUCUAAUAUUCGCAAAUGGCGACUUCUCGCCCUCGCUUCAUGCUUCCAUUGCAAGAGGUCAACUUGAGACCGGGGGACCAUCUACCUUCGGGCUCAAAGUCUCGAUGGACCAGCCCCCCUACCAUCCUUCGCUUCUAUUCGGGAAUAAGGCAGGAUCGCAUUUCCGCCUUGGUAACAUGCUGGAACGGGGAAGUUUCAACUAUCGCUGGCCUUUCAACGAGUACGCACUUCUUCUGAACGAAGACUCCAGGGAUGACAUGGACAAGGAUCGAUGGAAGGUUAUCAAGGACAAGAUGCUUGUUCAGAAAAGGAAGGAGUGGAACGCCGAGCGUAAAUCACCAGAAGAGAUAAUACAGCACGAACUUGAGGUUGUAGAUGAAGUUGACCGAGUAUUUAUGCAAGAGAAGGUUUAUGAUGAGGAGAAAAGGAAACUGAGCAAUGAGCGCAUGUCAGAAAAAGAGAUCGAGCGAAUACUGGCAAGUAAAGAAGAAAUCAUGGCAAAUGAAGUAAAGGAGAGAUUGAAGAAAGCGAAGCAGAACAGAAAACAUGGAGUCGCAGGAGAGGUCUCAGGGACAGAGAAGGAGACGGGAACUUGUGUAAUGUUUUCGUUCAUCAAGGAUGGCAUACUCUACCAAGUCGUGCGCAUUGAACAAGACUUCUGGUCAGCUGCGGACCCGAGCACAUGUCAUAUAUUUCCGGACGACGCUCACAUUGUUCUCACUGUCGGAGGACCUGUUCAAUUCCGACAUUUUGGCCCGAACCCUGCUGUAAGCGGACUGUAUUGUCAUGCCGACAAGCCUUCCAAGCAACCGUGCAAGUCGGAACCGCCAUUAACGACGAGUUUAGGACCGUGUGAGAAGAUUAUGUAUACAGAUGAAGAAAUCAAACUGGAAGCCAGGGUCUAUCAACUUAACACCAAUGCAGAAGUUGAAAAAUACGAAGAAUUGCUGUUGAUACCUUCAAAAUCAGACGGUGAUAAUGGCGUAGAGGCAUGUGGCAUGACCGCUUACCACGCAAUUUGCAAACUAUCUACCCGAAAUGGGCCCAUCAAGAAGAAGAAUGCAACUUUCGUAGCGUCCUUCUGUCUGUCCGAGUCUUCCACAUCGCCGAAGCCAUGGCCAGCAGUCCCUCCCUCGUCAGAGGAAAUUUUCAACUAUGUCGGUGCCAACCCCAAGGAUAAGCUGAGUCGGAAAUCGGCGACAGGCGCUAUGUGGGACACGAUUUUUCUCAAGCACUACCUGCGGUCGAACUCCUUGUCUCCGCUCGCCGAAGUUCAUUUGAUCGGCAGGUGCCUCGAAAAGAUCAUUCAUGUCGACAUCCUUCCUAUUCAUCAUUCGAGCACCCAGAAAUCGGAACGCUGCGAUGCCCUUGUCAGUAAUAUUUUCAUCAAAGCGACUGUCGACUAUAGAGCAUUAUUCUGGAAAAUACGGUUCCUCAUCAAAGUCCAUCUUUUCCUCGGCCGAGUCAUUCAGCAUUCAUUACAAGUUAGCAAGAGUACCAACGAUGACGGACGAAGCGGAAAUCAUAGCGCGUCGCUGUCUGAUUUAGAUCCAGUUGAUAAAGAAACAAUGAGAGAUAUUGCUGCGGAGCAACAACGGCGCAUCCAGAAUCGAAUAGAAGGAGUUGUCCGCUUCUUGGUCCUAGCACUACGUGAACCAAAUUCUUCACCUUUCACAAACGUCGAUAACUCAGGGGACAUGUCCAACUACUACUACAUGAUGAUCACGCUUUGGUACUCGAUUCGGAAUUUUUCAUCCGAAAAACCCUCGACCCCAACGUCCUUAUGUAGUGAACAGCCUUCAUUCCAUUGGGAACGAUCACUUAUGCAGGGCUUAGGGGAGAAAGCCGAACAUGCUGCACACCUGCCGAACAAUGACGAAAAUUUCGGCAUGGUGAACAAGGACAAAAUACCACUACUCCAAUGGUAUCAAUACGGUUCGAUCUUGGAACUCUGCCGAUUGGGAUAUCUGCCUCCAAUUUGGAACCGACAAGACAGACUUCCCAGGAGGGUGCACCAACUGAGGAAUGCGGCGUUAGUGGCUUCAGCUGCCAAAUACUCGUCUAGAUCUCCUUAUUCGGCCAACGAUGAGAUUGUUGAUAGACUAGCCUUUCUAGGGUAUGAACUCGGCCUGGAGGAGGGGCUAGACAGAAACUCACAUACCGUCGCCUCGUUUGCCAGGAAGCGUGUCAAGGAACGUGACUUCACUAGAACAAUCAAUCCAGGCUGGUUGCCUGCUGAAGGAGACGGAUCCAUUGACGGGCCUUGGGAAGUGAACGCUCUCUGUCAUCACAGCCGUUUAAUGGUCGUCAACCUGGAAUAUGAUCAACCCAUGGCCAAAUCUAGUGACUGGAGGAGCGAAGACCAGAGAGAGGAAGAAGUGGAGUUGUAUAAAGGGAAGCUGUUUCACUUCAUCAACUCCGAAGCCACGCUGGUGCCAUGCUGGGAUAGGUCGCAUUUGCGAGCACGCAAAGGGUGGGCGCAUUCUGAAGCUACGUCCGUCCUUGGCUCAACACUACUGGACAUCCACAAACAGGUUUUCAAGGAUCCUUUAAGUGGUAUGAAGCCGUCAGGAUCCCCUCGGAGCUACAACGACGGCACGAAGAAGGUUGUGCAAGAGAUGUGGUUCAUAGAAACACUGAUGAGCAAGCAAACGAAGAUGCUCGAAAGAACCACACCUGAAGCUGGACUUGCUCCUCCAAUCGAAUGGGCCCAAACAUGGAGGCCUCCUCGGGAAUAUCAUCCAGAAACUUUCAUCCACUCUCUCGAAGACACUCCUCACUUGUAUCGACAUCCUUAUAUAGGCAGGGUGAAACUUCCCCAUUCGCUUCGCGAAUACGUAUUACUUCCGAAAGAGGUACCUGCCGAGGGUUUCAAUAAGGGUCAUCUCCAGAGUAUGGGGGACUUACGCUAUAUUUACCUCGCAGACAUCCUUAGCAACGGCGAUAACAUUGAGUAUGCGGGUCUCACACCUGGGGCUACCACAGUCAGAAUUAAUGGCCAGAUCGCAGUUAGGAGGGGUGGCCAGGAGGAGCUGGUGCGUAGGCUUCAAGACAGUCUUGUUGACCUCGAUGUCCGACACCGAUUCUUGAGAGCGAAAGAGACAGGAAGUAAUCGCCCAACGAAAGUGCUAGAGGAGCCUAAGGAUGAGACCUGGUCUUGGUGCCCACCUCGAAUCACCCGAAAGGGCCGCGACUUAGAAGCGCAGAGGGAGAGCUCGGGUGGUACCCGGCCUUCCCUCCCAUAUCAAUACCGGAAAGAGUUCAUGGAUGACGAACCCAUAUCGCUUCUUGCCCAUUUCGAUAAAUUGGUAGACACAAUCGGAGACGACCCGAAGGCCAAACACCGUCACGAACUGCGCAUAGCCUGUUUCGAGCUCCAAGUAUCAUCCUUUGUCCUUGCAACAAAUAGCUUCGGCGAUUUCAGUAAAUGCACCAUCAUAUCUCAGUUGAUUGAUCAGCCAAAGUUGCGAGAAAUCAGCGAAGAGGCGAGGAAUCUGUACCGGAUCUUCAUCCACCAACCUCAGACAGCAAGGUGUCUGGUCUUCCUCCUGGUUCUGGGGAAGAUCAACGGAGAAAUUGCGCAACAAUACGAAAAGGCAGUCAACGUUGUCAGCUCCAUUUUGAAUCUUGAAAAGUGCUUUAGCGAGGAGGUUGAAACAUGGCCGGAAGAUAAGGAGGCCGUUCGUCAAUUCCAACUCGGACUAUGGAGUCUAGAGUCUCUGUACAAGCUCCAGUAUAGCUUGAAACUAUCCCUUGACAGCAUUGUCGAGGCUAGAGACAAACUCACCGGCGAGGUUAAAGAGGGAUGCCGAUCACGAAGCGAGCCGCUCGAAAGAUUGUGCCAGGAAUCUCAGGAUACCUUCGAAAACAGCUUGACACAGUUGACCGCAGUGGCCUCAAAGCUCGCACAAGACAUUGAGUUAAAUAGCCGCUACAAAGACGCGGUAACCCUCACGAAGCUUUUUUCAUGCCCCGCAUAG